UGUAACGUGCCUGAAGGUGGACUUGUCCCCAAAUCGCUGUAUCAAACAGAUGAAGAGUCUGAAACCGCGGAUCACAUUCGUCUCUGGACGGAAACCAUCUAUCACUCUGCAAAUAUUUUCAAAGGGGCUCCCCAGGAGAUAGUUGUAGAGAUCCUGGAAGGUGAAUCUGUGAUCACUUGGGAUUUUGACAUCCUCAAAGGAGAUGUGGUGUUCAGCCUCUUCCAUUCCAAACGAGCCCCCGAGACUGUCCGCAAGGAAUCUGCCAUGCCAACUGCUUUGACAUCUGGGGAAAACGUUCAACUCAUUGGCAAGAGUUGGGUCCUGGGAGUGGACUACAGCCGUGUGGAGACUCCUUUGGUCUGCCGUGAAGGCGAGAGCAUCCAG